AUCCUGGUGGGAGCGGUAGCUGCUGAGAGAGAGAAAAGAUAUUUUAAUCGACAGUAUCUUCCAGUUGUGGCCUGCUGAGUAUUUUCUUUUCUCCCUGGCCUCAUUCCAGAUUUCCAGCGGGGAUCUUGGUUGGAGAACUCUCCUCAGCUCACUGGCGGAAAUGUAUUUGGAGGAGUGGCUUGAUUCAUUCAUUUAAUAUGAAGAGCAAUUUGGACUUCUAGCCGAUGGUGCUUGCCUUGCUGCGGGCUUUCUGUCGCCGGAGAACUGUAAUCCGGUCCCAGUUCUAACUCUCUUCACUCGCGGGAGAGACCAGUCCCAGCAGAUGAUUCCCUAUUGGCUCAACUUGGGAGUAUUGUGUGAGGGAAGACCACCUGUGCAUCAUCUCCCAUAGUAUAGAAUAAACUUACUUUUCCAGUAAGUGGACUAUUGACUAAGAAUCUAAGUUGAAAAUUUGAAUAUCGCUUCGCAAUGGUUAGAAAAAUGAGCCAUUUUCAUUCAAAGUUGUCUGAUGAAGAACAGCAGCAGCAGCAAAAUUUCAUUAAGAGGUAUUUAGUACUGAAGAAUAAAGCAAAGAAUAAUUUCUGGUGUAAAUUAUGGAUAUGUAGUUUGAUAUUACUAAAGUUGAUAUCAUUGACAUUAAUGCUGUACUACAGAGGUGGUGCUCAAAGUCUAAUUGUGAAAUACAGGUUAUCCAAUAACAUCAAAUGUCCAUCCAUUGACUUCAAUUAUGAUAGCGAUGGUGACUCCCAAACUCAUAAUAAUACAACUAUUUUCUUUGUGGAGGUCUCUGACCGAACUAACCCCACAUUUUUGUCCUUGUGUUCCGUGGAAUCUGCAGCAAGAUCUCAUCCCCGGGCCAAGAUUGUCUUUUACAUGAAAGGUCUUUCAGCUACAAAAGUUAAAACCUUUGGGAUUUCCUUGUUGAACUGUUUUCCUAAUGUUGAGAUCAGGCCAUUAGAUCUGAAAAAUCUUUUUGUGGACACUCCAUUGUCUUCAUGGUAUUCCAGCCUGCAUCAAUGGUGGCAACCUUAUCUAAUACCAACUAUUGCCGAUGCCUGCAGACUUGUCCUUCUGUGGAAAUACGGUGGGAUUUACUUAGACACUGACAUUAUUGUUCUCAAAAAUCUGCUCAAUCUCACUAACAGCCUUGGCAGAGAAGAACAGUAUUUACUGAAUACAGCCUUUUUGUCCUUUGAUCGGGGCCAUGAUUUCAUUGGAAACUGCUUAAAGGAUUUUGUUGAACACUUCAAUGGAUGGAUCUGGGGCCACCAAGGACCCCAGUUAGUAACCCGUGUUCUUAAAAAGUGGUGUCAAAAGAAGAGCAUAGCCAAGAUUCAACAGUGCAAAGGUGUGAGGAUGUUACCUCCUGAAGCAUUCUAUCCAGUUCGUUGGCAAGACUGGAAAAAAUACUUUGAGGUAAUGAGCAAGUCUGAAGCUCAGAAGUUACUGAAGAAUUCUUACGCCGUACACAUAUGGAAUAAAAUGAGUCAUGGAACCUCAUUUCCGAUGGGGUCGAAAGUGAUGAUUGACCAACUGAGCUCAGUUUACUGUCCUAUCUCGUAUAAAAUAAUGAGCUGGCAGGAAACAUAGAC